AUGCACGGUGUCACGUACCCUCGGGUGGCGGGGCGGCGGCAGCGAUCGCCGGAGAACGGCACCGUGCAAUUUCCACCUCUCGACACACCGAGGCAAACUGCAACGCAUGGGGAUAAAAAAAAGCGAACGUCCGGGGCGGAAAAAUCCUCCGCUGCGAAGGGGCGAAGUAUUGGCGGCGGGAACACAAACAAGAGAAGCAACAAUAGAAGUGACAAAGGAGCUGUGGUUCCUGUGGAUGCAGUGAUGGAUAUGAACAAAAAAGCCAUGACACUCAUGAAAUGUGGGAAAAUGAAGGCAAGUUAUGACAUGCUACAAGCGGCUCUGAAGGCUGCUGAAGCCGGCGUGCGUCGAUUUCCGAGUGCUCCAAAUGCGUCCAAUCCGGAAGCCCAGGAGCAACGUGAGGCGUGGCUUCUGGCAUUUGCAGCCACACUAAGCAACUUGGGAUGCUUGCAGCGUCGCGAUAAUCAAUUAUACGAGGCCAUUCGUUACCUUCAGGACGCGCGUAAUGUGGAAUCUCAGGUCUUUGGAAGGCCCUCUUGCUCCACCAUGGUGAAUCUCUCCGCCGUACUACUUGAAUUGGGGUCAACAGAGGAGGCGCUCACUAUUGCCCGUGAUUGCGCCUUAGCCUCGGAGCAGAGUGACCCAAUGCUUCAUACUAUUGCGCUACACAACUAUGGCGUGACACUGAGCCAGCACACUUCAGAGGAAAUGCGGCAGUCAGCGGUACCUGUGCUUAUGAAGGCGUUGCGGCAGGCCCAACUUCAUUUAGGCGAGGAGCACCCCACAACGAUGCUCAUCCGUCAACAUUGUGGCAUGACGCUCCAGAAGCCACCCAAGGAUAGCGAGACAUGCAACCCUGGUAACGCAGUUUCCGUAAUACAAGCCCAUGAAGAAACAUGCAAACAACCGGUAUCUUCAGGUGGUCGACUACCGCCGCUUACUCAAGCUUCUAUACAUCUCCAGCAAGCCAAGGAGGCUUUGCAGUCAUUAAAUUACGGUGAUAUGCCGUUAUUUGGGGAAAGCUGUGCUUCCUCUGCCACCGAUAGUAAAAAACAACCCAAAUCCACUGAAGGUACCUCGAACCUGGGAAAAGAUUUUGCAUUCCAACCCGUUACGGCUUUUAAAGGUGAAAACGCGGAAAUGCCGAGGAAUUCCUCCAUACGGAGGCCCUCGCCGAAUGAACCCGUAGUUGCCUCCCUCGAGGAGGCCGUUGAUGGAACGUUGGCAAGGCAAUACUCUGCCGUGGUGAAUGUACCAACGGCACCCUGGGCAUUCUUAACAGAAGAGUCGGUGGAAGAGGAAGAGAGGACGAGAGAAAAGAAGGCGAAAUGUGAAUACGACGAUGCAGAUGAUGACGAUGAUGAGAGGAAACGUAUGCGUCUCAAAAUGGCAACACCGACGCUGAGGAUGAAUGGAGAGGGGGCUGCCGUUGUUUGUGGUUUGCUGGAGCCCGCGGAAGAAAAAGAAAAAGACAGUGAAGCCAAUAGCGCCGUUUAUGUUGGCGCUGGCGACGCCGCUAAGCCUUCAAAGGGCGAAGUUGAAGAGGAACUGAAAUGUAACGACACGACGAUGGGGCCGCUGAAAUUAGAUGUUACUCAGCGACCUGUGAAUUUUACAUUCCCUGGAGGGUUCUUUUUCAUUGGUGCCGAAGUAAAGCAGCCGGAGUCGUCCUUUUAUCGUUUUGCGCCGCCGGAUGUUUCAUUGCCGCCUAGCGUGCCAGGUGCUGCGCAGAAUGUGGCGGCAACAGAGGUUGCCAGGCAAAAACCUGAAAAUGAAAAGUUGUUUAAACCCUUCGAGGAAGAGGAGGAUGAGGAGGAAGAAGAAGAUGAUGAGUAUGAAAUGUAUGGUGUCAAGCACAAAGAAAUUCAAGAAAGGGGAAAGCGACGCGUGCCGACAGCUGAAAAGGCUAUUGCGAAAAAGAGAGAGGCUUUCGUAAAGAUAAUUGGCGUUAACCCUGCCGCACGCCGUGAAGAGCGCAUUCGACAGGAACAUAUGGAGGAGGAAGCGCUUCGUUCUCAGCUUCGCAAGGAAGCUGAAGAGAAGGCACAAGCGGAACACUUUGAGCGCACUUUUGCCGCGAUCGUGUCUCGUACAAGGGACAGAGCCGCGAGGAAGAUUCAAUACACGUGGUGUAUGUGGUGGAAUUCUGUGGGGAAGCGGCGACGCGAACUGCUUAUUAGACGGGCAGAGGAGAAGGCGCGGCGAGAGCGUUCGCGUCAGGCCCUUCUUGAACAUGAGCGUCGCGUAGAAGAGGAGCGGCGGCAGAAAAAGAUGGGCAGAACGAGGACCGGGGUUGAAACUAUCCCGUCAGUAAUUUCCUGUGGUACAAAGUGGUUAGCGAAGACACUCUGUGUGCGAUAUUUGGCACGGCGUCGUAUUCCUCGUGAGGAUAAAAAGGAGGCUUUCUUUGUGGUGCAGGUGUCCAAAAUCCAGGCCGUUUGGAGGGGAUACCACGUUCGUCAGCAAAUGCAAGCUCAAGGCGCUACUCAAGCCCAGAAAUGGAGAUGUAAUCAUCAGGUGGAAUGCGAGGUGUACGCUGCAAUGGUCAUUCAGAUGUUUGUUCGCCGAUGCUUUGCUCGCAAGGCAAGAGAAAAUAAUAUAAUUGAACGCUAUGGUCCACCAGCGGUAAAAAUUCAGAGAUGGUUUCGCACUGUUAUGCCUCGCCGACGUGCGCUCGGCGUAGAUCGAGUCUCAAAGUGGCGAAAGCAAUAUUCUGCUAGAUUGAUUCAGCGUGCCUGGAGAGGGUAUCUUUCUCGUCUGGCGUACUUCAUGGAAAAACUGCGUUAUAAGUUAGACGAAGAUAGAAGACAUGAACGUGUUGCAGCUUUCGUGUUGCAGCGAGUGGGUCGUGGAUUUGCAUGUAGGACUUUGAUUGCAAGACAGUGGACGAAAAAGGCCCAUCUUCGCGCAACCAUGCACGCGCUUGAGUGGGGAGACGGUGACCUGCAUGGAAGGAGGGAUCCCGCACCCACUCCCCCACCACCAGCCGCGACGUAUGUUCCCACCCCGGUUGACGAGGUAAAUGCAGUAGCUAAGUUGGAGCGGGAGAAGUAUCAUAUAGGCCUUUUUGUCGACGUCGUUGCAGAGCGUAAUCGCGCUGAAUGGAAAGAGGCCCUUCGCCUGCGUCCCUUUGAGGUGCUUCGACGUCGCGCCCACGAAAACCACCUCUGUGAACUUGAAUUGAACGCCCUCAGACGGGAGCGCGCAGCUGUAAAGAUACAACGGGAAUUCCGUCAAUGGCUGCGUAUUCGUGACGCGCCCUUCCGCGAUAAGGCCCUGUUACUCAUUGGUCGCGGUGAUUACCAGGUUUUGGAAUACGGCCGCAAAAUCGAUCGCAUACGACACGCGCGUGAACAAGAGGCAGGGCGGGUUAUUUUUGGUGACCAACUCGCACCUAUGCGCGGGGCGAGAGCCGAGGUACAGGCAGAGUUGGAGGAACUCCGUCCACAGGUGAGAACUCAUGUCCCACGCGACGAGGUGCGAAGCCAAGGGGAACGCUGCGAGGUGGAAUAUGAGCUACAACGUGAUGAGGACUUGCUACAGCAACAAUUACGUGCAGAGACCCUUCUUAAGCGAAGAGAUUCCCGUCUACGUCGGGCAAUUGAGGCGGGUAUCAUAAGCUCACGAGGUGGUUUGAUGGAAGCAAAGUUUGUACAAUGA